AUGUGUGUGUGUGUCUGGAUACUCCAAAAUAGAGAUGCUUCUCUGCUGCUGUUCAAAGACCACCACAGACCACCACAGACCACAGGACCACCACACGACCACAGGACCACCACAGACCACAGGACCACCACAGACCACUGGACCACCAUACGACCACCACAGACCACAGGACCACCACACAACCACCACAGACCACAGGACCACCACACGGCCACCACAGACCACAGGACCACCACACGACCACAGGACCACCACAGACCACAGGACCACCACAGACCACAGGACCACCACAGACCACAGGACCAGAGGACCACCGGAGCACAGGACCACAGGAACAUCACUGGACCACAGAACAUCACAGAACCACAGGAACAGCACAGAACCACAGGAACAUCACAGAACCACAGGAAUAUCAUAGAACCACAGGAACAUCACAGGACCACGGGAACAUCACAGGACCACAGGACAACAGGAACAUCACAGGACCACAGGCACAUCACAGGACCACAGGAACAUCACAGAACCACAGCAACAUCACAGGACCACAGGAGCACAGGACCACAGGAACAUCACAAGACCACAGGAACAUCACAGAACCACAGGAACAUCACAGGACCACGGGAACAUCACAGGACCACAGGAACAUCACAGAACCACAGGAACAUCACAGGGCCACAGGAACAUCACAGGACCACAGGACCACAGGAACAUCACAGGACCACAGGACCACAGAACCACAGAACCACAGGAACAUCACAGGACCACAGGAUCACAGGACCACAGAACCACAGAACCACAGCAACAUCACAGGACCACAGGAGCACAGGACCACAGGAACAUCACAAGACCACAGGAACAUCACAGAACCACAGGAACAUCACAGGACCACAGGAACAUCACAGGACCACGGGAACAUCACAGGACCACAGGAACAUCACAGAACCACAGGAACAUCACAGGGCCACAGGAACAUCACAGGACCACAGGACCACAGGAACAUCACAGGACCACAGGACCACAGAACCACAGAACCACAGGAACAUCACAGGACCACAGGAUCACAGGACCACAGAACCACAGAACCACAGGAACAUCACAGGACCACAGGACCACAGAACCACAGGAACAUCACAGGACCACAGGAUCACAGAACCACAGAACCACAGGAACAUCACAGAACCACAGGAUACUGGAGGUUAA